UCUGGCUCAGCAAGCGACGGGCACACUGGCGCAAAGCACAAAACAGAACAGUCGGACGGAAACGGAAUCGAAGAGAAAGAAAGAAAUGCAAUCUGUGCCGUAAGCGGGGGCGUGGAAUCAUAGUUUUGACAGCCAGGAGCGAGUCAUUCAUUGUUAGCUGCAGACCAGCAGUGCCGAAAAACCGCCGAAUCCCCGCCAGAGCCGGUGACGUACGCACUGCUGUGUGUUCAAAAAAGGGGACUCGAAAGGCGGGAUAACCGUGGCGAAGAAGGGUGGAGGUGGAAGAAGGCGUCGACAGAAGCAAUCAAGUGGCAACAGAAGAUAGCCGGGGCAAAAUGCAAAAAGUUAAUUAGUCGGGGCAAAAUCAAAUCGGACACCCCGCCGUGGGGCGACGCCAUGGAAUUCGCCGACCUGAUAAAGACCCCCAAGCUGGACGGAGUCCUGCUGCACGACCCAUCCAAUGCGGGGGCGACGGGUGCAACAGUUGGCACACUGUGCAUCACUGGACACCAUUUGCUACUCAGCGCCCGCCAGGAAAACAGCCAGGAGCUAUGGUUGCUGCACAAGAACAUCGACUGUGUGGAGAAGAAGCCUAGUUUGUCGCAGAACAUCGUGGUCGGUGGCCUUAUCACCCUGAAGUGCAAGGACCUGCGUAUCAUUUCGCUGGAGAUCAAGUGCGGCAAGGAGUUCUACAACGUGGCCGCAUCGCUGGAGGCACUCAGUGCCAUCCAGAACACCGAACUGCUGUAUCCAUUUUUCUACCGGCCCAUGUACUCGAUCCUAGAGGACGGCUACACGAUGUUUAGGCCCGAGCUGGAGUUCGCCAAGCUCAUAAGCGGGGUGGGCAUGGGCGGUGGGUCCUCGCCGAAUGUGGCCAACAUAACAAUUUGCAUGCCAUCAACCUCGACAUCGACGUUGACUGUGAGCGCCGGCAUACCCCACCCUCUGCAAAAUGGCUUUGCGAUAGACGCCCUUGCUGGCGGUGGUGUUGGUAGUGGUGUGGGAGGUGGAGCGCUUCAAGGUCCCCAGACCUCCUGCGAGUGGCGCAUCACCAACGUCAACAGAGACUUCAGCGUCUGUGCCACAUAUGGUGCCACGCUAAUUGUACCUAAAGCAAUUACGGACGAGCAAAUAGUGCUAUCUGCUGCGUUCCGGGAUGGCGGCCGCUUUCCCGUGCUCAGCUACAGGCAUGAAAAUGGCGCCACGCUGAUGCGCAGCUCCCAGCCGCAGUCCAUUCAGGGUAUCAAGCGCUGCAGAGCUGAUGAGGCUAUCCUAAAUCUGGUGCUGGGUCGCAGUCGCAAGGGGUUCAUCGUGGACACCUGGGGAAAGGGGAAGUCAAAUACGGAGACUGACCUGCACUACUCGCAGUGGAAGAAGGUAAACCGUUCGAUUGGAAACGUCAGUUCGCCCGCCUCUAUCCUGGACAGUUUUGCUCGGCUGAUCGAGGCUUGCAACGAUUUGGGGUGCAGUACGGAUAAGUGGCUAUCGCGACUGGAAAGCAGCGGCUGGCUUAGUCUCGUGCUGAACUCUCUGAACGCCUCUUGUGUGGUGGCCCAAUGUCUGGAUCAGGAGGGAAGUCCAGUGUUGGUGCACGGUGCUAAGGGGUUGGAUUCCACGCUUAUCGUCACCUCACUGGUGCAGAUCAUCCUCAAUCCCGACUGCCGGACUGUAAGGGGUUUACAGGCUUUAAUAGAGCGUGAGUGGAUCCAGGCGGGACAUCCGUUCGCUUCCCGUCAUCGCUUCUCAUGCUAUACACCAAAUCAGACACGCAAUAAGACAUCUGGUGCCACCUUCGUCCUCUUUCUGGAUUGCAUUUAUCAGCUUUACAUGCAGUUUCCCUGCAGCUUUGAAUUCAGCACUCAACUGCUGAUCCUUCUAUUCGAGCACAGUCACUUUUCGCAGUACGGAACUUUCCUGUGCGAUUCAGAGCGCGAGCGGUACGAACUGAACGUGCACACCAGGACGACGAGCUUGUGGUCUUAUUUGAACCGGCCUGAUGUCCUUCAGACACUCUUGAAUCCGCUGUACGAGCCCAACGCUAAUGUGAUAUGGCCAUCGGUGGCGCCCAUAAGCUUAGAGCUGUGGAGUGAUCUCUAUUUGCGAUGGGUAAUCGAUCAACGUAGCUCAGCCACAGUUAUGUCGCAAAUUCAGGAACUUGUCACCCGCGAAAAGGAACUUAGAACUCAGGCCCUCAAACUGCGAAAACAAGCCUUGGAGCUCGGCCAGGAAGUCUCGACCCUCAUGAAAAGUGGAAAAGAUACAUAGUCGGCUACCUCAGAUGUUCUCUAUAUUUUAAUCUCCUGCAUGAUAUACACUUAUUUUUGAUACGUUCUGUUGCAAGAUUUCGACAAUUAUUUAAGCACAUAACAAACCUAAUGUUAAGUCACUAAAAGUUCCAUUUACAAGAAAUUAUGCUGAAGGAAAACGAAAAUAAACAAGGUAAUUAAAUUAUUAGGUAAACCAUAUGAUCUGCUUUUGGAUCAAUUCAACACUCAAUUUUAGACAUACGUGUGUCCAUUUUUACCAACUAUACUUCUAUUGAAUAAGUUCAGCAAAGUAAAUAUAAACAGAAAACUUAAAGAGGAACUGCUGUAACUUAAAAAUUUCCUUGUAAAACGCUCUCUACUCUCAGACUCAGAUUAGGAUUCGAAACUGCACAAUGCAACUAUUUGGGUCAAUUUUUGACGCAUUUACUUUUAUGGAAUUUUUAGCGCAUAAGUCUCUGAAAUUACCUAUUUAUAGUACUUACUUGUGUGUCAGUUAUUUAGUGGCCAGAAGCCACGGAUCAAAUUAAGUAUUAUAAACUCAAAAGAUUUGCCUUUUUCGAAAUAUUUGUAUGUAAAUUUGAUUAAAUCGCAUAAAUUUAAAGCUUCAAAAGCGUUUACAUUAGAAAUAUGCUGUGCAUGCGUUGGUAUACCCAAAAACAAAAAUAUUGUACAUUAUAUACUUAUAAAUGUUUGUAGUUGUUAUCCAUUGUGUGUUUAUUUCGAAUUGUGAUAGAAUUUGAAAUGACCGAAAUUUGUAUGUAAUUUAUAUUCAUAUUUACACUUAUAUUGUGCGUUUUUUGAGUAAUUAUCGCUUAAGUGCAAUAAAUACGUGUUAAUUUGCA